AUGGCGGAGGCUAGUUCGAGUGAGAAGUCCAGUUCGGCUGGAAAGGGAGAGAGGAAGAAGAGAGCAGAGCUGACCCCGUUCACAAGGGGUGUGAUCCUCGGGCAGCGCAAGGGUGGCUGGUCGCUCAGACGCAUCUCGAAGGCGCUUGAUAUCCCCGUCUCUACAGUGCAGAGUACCAUUCUUAAGGAGGAUUCGCGAGUGGAUGGAGAGUCGAUGCCGCGCUCCGGAAGACCUACAAAGCUCACCGAACGUGAUAUCCGGAUGUUAAUCUCGCGCGUCCGGGCCGAUCCAACAAUUACAUACGGAGAGCUUGCUCGAGGCAUGCCAGACAAUAUCUCAAGGUCGACAAUAUAUCGCACCCUCAAGAAGCACGGCAUCACCAACCAGCCGGCGAAAAAUUCUGCAAAGAAAUAG